GCAGAUUUUUCGAUCUCCCCCUAUACAUUUAGAAAGUUACUUAGUUAAAUAUUUUUUACAAAUUCUAUUACAUUGUUUAUGACAAUCAGGCAUGAUAAUUAGAGUCGUGUUCUCUUUAUCUUUUACACAAUAGAAUAUUAGUCAUGAAAAACCUAUAAAAUAAGUAGUAUUUAUUUAAAAACAAAAAACCCAGUGCUAUUUCCCGCGACAGGUAAUUCACCCCGAUAACAUUUUAACACCCUCGCAAUCAAAAUAGCAUUAACAUAUUUCGUGUAGUCAUCUUAUCAUUGGCUACUUUAAAUAAUAAUCCAUUAUUAAUAAUAACUAACAAGAAAAUGAAGCUAAUUUUAAAGUUAAUCAUCCUUUUGAUAAACUCGGCCUUAUUGUGUAACGCAGUCUGUUCUCGAGGAGUAUUUGAAUCCGGUGUAAGUCAAAACGAGCGCAAUUUCAUUGUCAAUGAGCAUAAUAGGCUGAGAAUGAUGCUAGCAAAGGGUCAAGUUGGAGGACAACCGAGAGCCAUCAAUUUGAAACGAAUGUAUUGGGAUGACAGACUUGCUCAGGCCGCUCAGAAUAUAGCCAAUACUUGUGUUUAUGGACACGUGCGGGUUUCUGAUCCUAGAUGGCAGGUGGGUCAAAACAUAGCAACAAGUUGGUCAUCGAAUGACAGAAAAGGAGCCAAUUGGAGCGAACCAAUUAUGAACUGGUGGAACGAAUAUCGUCAGUACAAAUAUCCUGGAGGAUUUUCUAUGGCCACGGGACAUUAUACACAGAUGGCAUGGGAUGACACAAAGUAUGUAGGUUGCGGCUACACAUACUUCCCAAUAAGCAAUGGCAAUAUGAAAUAUCAGAAAAUUUAUGUUUGCAACUAUGGACCAGCUGGAAACUACCCAAGGGCUCCGUAUAAAACUGGAAAUUCUGGAUGUGAAAACCUGUGCUAAUUUGUAACAAUGUUAUUCUAAAAUAAAACAAACAUAUUAUUAUUACCAUGUAUUAUUUAAUCAUUUUUCAACAAAGACACUUCUUUGGGUUGAAACUAAAUAAAAUGUUGAGACACACUUUUAAUCUUCAUCAUCACUAUCAAGAAUUCUGCCACGCUUAGCGGUAGGUUUUUCGCUAUCGGAGUCAGAAGUAGAUCGUAACCUUUUUUCAUUUUCUAAAUCUUUGCCUGCUCCAGCAUCACUAUCGCUAUCAACGAUAGCUCUAAAAUUCUUGUGAUUAUUUUGUUCAGUGUUUUCAUCAUCACUUUUCUCACGAUCAUUUUCAUCUUCACUGUCACUCUCGAUGAUUACUCGGGUUUUUUUACGAGGACUCACAUUUUCCUCAGCAUCAUCAAUAGUAAAUUCUUGUACAGUGAACUGAACAGUUUCCGUUGUAGCAUCCAUAGGUUCUGAUUCUGGGUUCUCAGACUCCUGACUUGAUUUUGAACCAUCAUCAGGCUCUGGACUUAAUUUUGAACUCUCAUCAGGCUCUGGACUUGAUUUUGAGCUCUCAGGCAUAGCACUAUCGUCCUUUCUCAUUUUCCUUAGCUUAUCAAACAAGUCAUCGUCAUCUGAACUUUCAUGAUUCUCGAUGACCUGUGGAGUGUCUUCUUCUACAAAGUGGAGUGUUUUAUCUAAGGCCUGUUGGAUUGCGUCGCAAUAAUCUUUGAGGGUUUCGGGAUUGAGGGUGGUUGGAA